AUGGCCGACGACAACCCGGAUAACGUGUUGAGCGCGACCUUCCCCGCCCCGCCGCCCUUCUGGAAGCACUUCACGCCCGACAAUCGCACGCGCUUCAGGGAGCUACAGCAACAGUAUGCUGCGGAUCACCCAGCCGAGGACGCUAGCGCCAGCGAUGCGCUGCCGCCUAGGAUACCCGACGUCCCGCCCGAGCUGCGGUACCUGCAGCCGCCAGAGCCUCCGGCGAAUGGGAAGUACAGGAGUUUCGGGGAUGCGUAUGAUAUCAACACAGCCCUCACGUCUCUCCGCAGCAUGGGCGUCGAGCAGCUCUACCCCUCGCCGCCAUCCUCACCCUCCCCGGAGCAGCGAGCAGGCGAUGGUGGUAGCAACCGCCAACAGCAGCAGGUCAUCCACUCGCAGUGGACGCUCGACCGCGCGUCCUACAUCAAGAAGAUGACGCAGAGCCUGAUGCUCAACUACCUCGAGAUGCUGGGCGUGCUGUCGGUCGACCCGGCCCGCUGGCAGGAAAAGUACGAGCACAUGCAGACGCUGCUGUUCAACGCCCACCACCUCAUCAACGAGUACCGCCCGCACCAGGCGCGCGCCAGCCUUAUUACGAUGCUGGAGGAGCAGCUGGCGAAGAGGAGGGAGGAGGUCGAGGGCGUGAGGAGGAUGCGGGAGAAGAUUGAGGGCGUGUUGGCCGGGUUGGCGAAUCAGGGCGUGGAUGGGGUGGGGGAUGCGGCGGCGGAGGCGAGGGAGAAGGGUGCGGCGGUGGGAGGGGUCGAGGCGGAGGAGGAGAGGAGGAAGAGAGAGCAGAGGGCUGUUAUGAAGGCGUUGGAUGAUGAGUUGAUGGCGGAUUGA